AUGGAUUUACCGAAGAAGUUACAUUCGCAGCUAGAUAAUAUAAACAUUGAUAACGACUGCGCCAGAGAAACUCUGCACAAUGACCAUGAAUUAACGCAUUACCCAAAGUUAAGCGACCUACUACGUCUACUGAUUCACAAUGAGAAAACGAAGAUAAAGAAGAGCAUAUACCAUGUCGAUGAACUGGCUCAAGGUGAUCUAUCAAUGCUGCAAAUGAUAUACACUGCCUGUGACACGGUUCGACUGCACAUUAAACGGCAAAUACUGUAUCAUAUGCCCACCCAACGUACUGAGGAUAUGACCAGUAGCUGGGCACCAAACCCGAAUUUUCCAAGUUCGUUCGGACGUAUCUUUUACUGUCGAAUGCGCGCCUCUAUAUGCAAGGGUGGAUUGCAGCCGCUCAAUUAUAAACAACUGAAUCAAACUCUUACACUGCUGCAACAACAGCCAGUGGAAGAAAUACCCGCCGUCCUUUUACUUCCUCCUGCCCUGCUCGUUAGUAAUUUCUGCACUUACACUUACUGGAAUGAAGAGAAAGCUAAGUUAUUCCUAAGCGAUAGACAACGGUUCUCAGUAAGGAAUUGCAGUCAGAGAAUGCGAAAUAACCAAUUAUACACGAUCUUGGAGGAUGACAUCAAAUCGAGCAGUCAUCAUCAGAUCGGCUACAAUUAUUACAUUAGGCGAAGUACGAGUAAGAUCUGUAGCAUGCCUGCAACGUCGCAGGCUAUGCAACAAGAACAGCAACCAACAGAAUUAAGAGGAAUGCGAAACACAACACCUACUUAUAUCAAUAUAGUUUCAUCGGAGCUUCCUUCAACAUCUGCUGCUGCCGCUGCUGCCAGAGCUAGUGCUGGUGCAGCUACAAUGCCACGGCUAGAGCGCCCACCAGGUCUUGGUUACCCCGUAUACUACCUGGACAUGGAGUCGAAUGGCAGGUCACUUGGUCGUGUUCACAUCCAAGUGCGCAGCGAUGUAGCUCCGCGAAUGGCUAAGAAUUUUCGCUCUCUCAUCCUGCACGAGCGCGGAUUUGGCUACAAGGGCUGCAAAGUGUUUAAGGCCUGGCCAAAAAAGAGCAUUAUCACAGGUGACUUCCAAUAUCAUAAUGGACGAGGCGGUUAUUCCGCUUUUGAUGAACAUUUCUUUAAGCCAGACGAAUCAAAAUUAAUUGCUGGACGCGGAAUGCUGGGCAUGAAACCUAACGAAAAUCAGCUCGUUGGCAGCCAGUUUCAAGUCUUGUUGUCCAAAAGAUGCAACCUAACGACAUUAUUUGCAUUCAUUGUCGAUGGUAUAGAAGUACUGGACAUUAUUUCCCGCAGUGGUACCUCUAAAGGGCAACCGACAACUAAAUUUAUCAUUAAGGACUGCGGCGAAUAUCGACUGAAAAAAUUUUAA